AUGGGAUUGGCAACUUAUCCUAUUUACAUUGGAAUGAAUGUCAUCAAUCUUCACAGUUCUAAUGUCGUCAUCAUGCAGCACUUCAUACACAAUCAACACUUCUUCUUCGUCAACUUUGCAGCACAACCAACAACAUUGUUUGAAGCUUCAACGACAUCUAAGCGUCACCAUGGCAAAAACAACACUAUUCUUGCUUUCACCAUUCCUACAAUCCUAACGUUGGUCCAGAUGCGGUAUGCACAAGAAGAUCUGUUCAGAACGCACCGUAUCAUCAUGAUGGUUGUUUGUUCCAGCGUCCUCGCAUAUUGCUUGGCCUUCAGCUUAUUAGGGCUACUGCUACUGCUUAUGAAGCUUAGUGUUAUUAGUGAUGAACAUGAUCAGAGUCAUGCAUACAUAUAUAAAUGGUGCCACGUCACCAUGAUGCUGUUUGGUUCAAUCUCAGUUGCUUCACUCUUGUGGCUUCUGCUUUUUCCACACUCCUCUUCCAGCCGCCUCGAGAUCUAUCUAAUCUUGAGCUUGUUAGUGCUGCUGGGCUUGGCCUCCAAACUCGUGCCGGCCGUUGCUAAAUUCCUUUCUCCGGUUGGCCGAGGACAGAACCAUGUCAGGAGAGCAAGUCCACUUUUGCCCCUCAACACAGUGGAUUUGUCCCUAAGAUAA